AUGGCGCGCGCUCUUCGCAACCUUCUCCUCCUCCUCCUCCUCCUCUCCAUCAUCAUCAUUGCCGUCUCCGCCGCCUCCCAUAGCCCGGACCCCUGCGCCGGCCGCCGCAUCCACGUCCGCCGCCUCCCCGCGCACUUCAACACCCAACUCCUCCGCUACUGCGCCACCGCGUUCCCGCUCGCCGACCCCGACUCCACCCCCGACUGCGCCUCGCUCGCAAACCACGCCCUCGGCCCACGCACCCACAACCGCACCCGCUCCUGGUACCGCACCGACGGCCGCCUCCUCGAGCCAUUCUUCCACCGACGCAUCCUCGAGCGCGACUGCCUCGUUCACCGCCCUGCCCUCGCCGACGCCGUCUUCGUCCCCUACUACGCCGCCCUCGACGCCCUUCCCUACAUGCUCGACCCCGCGCUCCUCAACUACUCCGCCCUCCACGGCCUGCCACUGGCGCAGUUCCUCGAGCGCGACCGGCCGCAGGUGCUGGCGCGCCACCAUGGCCACGACCAUUUCUUCGUCCUCGCGGGGCCCGCCUGGGACUACUCUCAGCCGCUCGACACGGACCCCAGGAUGUGGGGCACCACGUCGCUGCUCCGCCGACCGGACUUCGACAACUUCACCAUCCUCACACUGGAGUCGCGCGCGUGGCCGUGGCAGGAGCAUGCCAUCCCGCACCCGACCUCCUUCCACCCGGCGUCGCUGCCGCGCCUGCAGGCGUGGCUCUCCCGCGCGCGCCGCUCCCGCCGCACCACGCUGAUGCUCUACGCCGGCGGCAUCUCCAAGCCGUCGCGGCCCAACAUCCGCGGCUCGAUCCUCGCCGAGUGCGCGAACCGCACGGGAGCGUGCACCAUCGUAGACUGCUCCGGCGGCGCGUGCGCGCUCAACCCCAUCAUGUACAUGCGGCCGAUGCUCAAGGCCAAGUUCUGCCUGGAGCCGCCGGGGGACACGCCGUCGCGGCGGUCGACGUUCGACGCCAUCGUCGCCGGGUGCGUGCCUGUGUUCUUCGAGCACGCGGCGGCGAGGCUGCAGUACGGGUGGCACCUGCCCCCUGGGAAGUACGAUGAGUUCUCGGUCACCAUACCCAAGGAGUCGGUGGUUCAGGGGGGCGUCAAGAUCGCGGAGGUGCUCGCGGCGGUGCCGGAUGCCGAGGUGGCCAGCAUGCGGGCGCGCAUGCUGGAGAUGGCGCCGAGGGUGGUGUACCGGCGGCACGGGAGCACGGCGGACCUGAGGGAGGCGAGCAAGGACGCGGUGGACCUCGCCGUGGAGGGCGCGCUCCGGAGAAUACGGAGGCGGGUGCACGCACUGGAGGACGGCGAGCCGGACGCCAUCUACUCGCUGGACGACGAUGACGAUUGA